CCCUCCGCAGCCCCGGAAGGGCACCGCCGGGCGACGUCACGUCGCGCAACUUUGCCGGAAGCGCGUUGCCAUGAUCACGGACCCCGCUCGAGGACCCGGUUAGCAGGACUCGGCGCUGUUGUGUUUCCGGGGACGUCGGCACCGACAAGUGUUGUGACGACGGCCGCUUUGUGUCGCUUGGUGACACAGCCUGACGCCGGCCGCCCGCAGCCGCGAGAGAAGCCGCCGUAAUCGGCCGAGCUCGAGUCCGCUGAGUCUCCCCCUCCACAUGACUUCGUUGACGGUGUUGUCCCCUCAACCGAUUUACUUCUUCGACCAGCCUGCACCGCCGCGAAGUAAGAAGGGAAAACUUGUGAACGAUCUUAAAGCCAAAGACGAGAAGAAGGAAAAAAGGUCCGAGAAUGGCAAACAACUGAAAUUCCUGAAAAAAGCCAAAAGUAACGACCUCCUCGAGACAUCGACGGGCGUAAAGGACGAAACGUGCCAAGAUGAGUCGGCGGAGGACGACGCCCAGGACCCGUUGGCCGACCGGAAGCGGGCCGCCCCUCGCUUGCUGAACGAAUUGGGCCGCCUGCUGCACCGCAACCGGGGCGCGGCUCCGCAGGCGGCGGACAUCCUCAACUACUCGGCCGACGCCGCGCUCAAACUGAGCAAGUCGGCCAGAGAUGCCGCCGGCCGGCACAAGGCGGGCAGGAGAAAAAAGUCGCACAAGAAAGCCGCAAAAUCAAAUCAAGAAACGACAGACGCUGCGGCUGUACCUGACGAAGUGUCCGCUCUCAGCCCGACACCCACCGAUGACAGCAUGAUCUCCAGCAGCAGUCAAGAUCCAGAUUGGUUCGCUCUGCCGCUUCAGGCCUUGGGUGAAGACACGCCCCCUCCCAGGGGUUUGUGUCAGUGGGUGGUGGAGAGACUGAAGGCCAGCAAAAGUCCACACGUAAAAGCUCGAACGGUCGAUCAGGUGCCGAGCUCGCCCAUCCUUCGUCACUAUGUGGACCCAAAGUCGGGUAUUAAGGGGAAGAGCGCGGCGACCGGCGAAGCCGACACCGUCGUCGACGACGGGACUCCUCGCCGGGAACCGCCGCUCAAGAGACUGCAUUGCAGGAUCAGCAAUGGAACCUCCUUCAUUUACUACCCGUCGGGCAACAUGGCCGUGUGCCACAGCCGCUCGGGUCUUCCGUCGGGAGGAUUCUGCACCAACGUGUUCGCCGACAGCCACACCCCCGUCGUCCUGGCCACCGUCACCGUGUUGGGCCACGGCUCCGUCUCGCACCCUGUCAGCUCCGCGGUGACGGCCUUGUGGGACCAGCACGGCGGAUUCAUGUGCGACCGGCAAGGCCAGCUCAAGAAGGAGUGGACCUGGAAGCCCGCCGACGAACAGCAGGAGAAGAUCGCCGUCAAGCUGGCAAAGGGCAUCUCGCUGCGUCUGCUCAGCGGCACGUCGGCUGUGCUGUCCUUCAAGUGCCAGGACAACAAAGUGCAGCUGCCGCUCUCGGCCCUCCCGUACUCGGCAAAGGAAGCGGUGGCCGAGCAGCCGUUCCCGGAGGCGGAGGGCACGGUGUCGGCGCGCUGGAAGAAAGGAUGCCACGUGAUGGGCGAGCUGAGCAAACUUCGGCAGAAAGUGCGAGACAUCCUGGACGCGUGGCUGGACUAUUAUCGCACCGCCACAGGCAUCAAGCGCUGCGAGAAGAAGCCAAAGACCCCCAAGGCCAAGCACAAAAAACGGGCACACGCGUCGGCGCUGCCCGUCAAGAAGACGCCCGAGCAGGCCCACGCCAAGCCGGCCAAGGCCAAAGAGAAAGUCGCUGAGAAACAAGAGCCCCCCGCCAAGAAAACGCCGCGGGAAGCUCAAGCCAAGCCGAGGGUCCCCGCAAAGAACACAAAAGAGCACAGUAUGAUCCAAAUCGGACCCCUUCGUAUCCAUGGAAACAUCAAACAGGAGUUAGUGGUCCUCCCGGACCACCCCGACUCGCGUCUGUCCACCCUGCCCCGCUUCCCCGCGCAGUCCCGGCUGGCGCCCUCGGUGCCGCUCACCGUGUGCCCGCUGCUGCUGCGCGCGGCCCUGCUGGAGCGGCGCGACGGCCACGGGCCCAGGAGGUGCUGCUGCAGCGCGGCGCUGAUGCCCGUCCUGCUGGACGUCGAGUACGACGCCUUCAUCACGGGCCAGCCGCCGUACAGCCAGCAGAUCCUGGUGGUGGUGGUCACGCUGCCCGUCAAACCGGGAGCGACGCCGGAGCAGGACGCCGUCCAGCAGCUCUACCGCAGGAGCAACAGGAAGAGGACCAUGCCCUGCGCUCAGUGCCAGAUGGACUCCUUUCGCCUGCUGAGGUACGAGGUGUCCACGGGGGCCUUGGGAUGCCCGGUCGACAACAUCCUGUUGCAGCAUCGACACAACGUCGCCGCCGGCAUGAUCCUGAUGUACAUCCGAGGCCGACUGAUGUUUUUGGGCUACGUCUCCAACGGCCGCAGCUUCUCUGUCUCGGACCUUCAGAAGCAGAUCUUGAGAACCAGAGAGAACUACAGGUUGGGGAUGAGCCUCCCUCCGGACUACAAGUUCAGCGAGAGCGCAAAGGUCAGCCUUUCCUCUGAAGCCUCGGACGCUAACGACGGCGAAGGACCGGCGCCGACGUUAACCAACGACGUCACCUCGACUCAGUCGCCCGACAGAGACUACGUCGCCGAGACGUGACUCGACCGGAGGACUUUGAGGAGUUUUUCCGUAGCGUGAAAAACUACUUUGGACCUUCUCGUAGCGAAGGCGGCGAACGUCUUCGCUUUCAGAUGUCGUCGCACCGCACGCUUUAUUUACACUGUCGAUGGGACCGGAACGCAGGAUCGCUUUUCGACGACUGGAAAGUGCUGCCUCGUCCUGGGAGCGGCCCAACUUCCGCGUUUUGCCGCUUGUCAGCUGAUUUUCGGUUAGGAGAGGCCUUCACGUACUGGCCGUGAAAAGUCAAGUCAAAUGUCGUUCCUCCUCUUGUCUUGACCAAAAAUGUUUCCUUUUUGAAGAGAUGAUCUUUUUCAGCCCAUUUAGCAGUUAUUGCAACUUGAUUCUGGCAAAUAUCCGAGUUGGCCUUGGCCUUCCCAAAUCCGUAUGGUCAGACUGUCAUGUUGACAUGUCUUGCUGCACCGUUUGUGUUCUGUGUCUCUUGGAGGUUCUACCUUCCGCCGUGUCCGUGCUGGUUCCGUUAGCCUGUCCACAGCGUUGCAAGCUAGCGCUUCUGAUCUUUGGCUUGACGUUGAUCAUUUCUGGAAAAGUACGAUUUUCCUCGUCUCUUCACAUUAGUUUCGUUCAGGAGGCCCGCAUCAUUUGGUUUGGGCCAACGAUUUGAUUUGUUUUUUUUAUUUUGUACUUUUUUUUUUUUUUACUUUAGUACUUUUAUUAUAAUAAAGUUAUCCAUCCAUCCAUUUUCUUAGCCGCUUAUCCUCACAAGGGUCGCGGGAGUGACAUGAGUGAAAUGAGUUUGGCUCAGUAUCUUGAAACAAUUGUUAAUAGCACAUAUAGAUACAGAUAUAUAUUUAUAUAACCACUGGUGUGCGCGUGACGCACGCACACACACACACGCCUUGUAAUUAACAUUUUCAGAUUCACUUCAAUGUGCCUGUUUUACAUGAAAUUUGAUUUAUUGUAGUUUUUCCUCUCACACAAAAUUAAAUAAUCUGUGUAAAAUGUUUUUUUUUUUUUUAGUAGUAAUUAGCUUUAUAUAUAUAUUUCCUUUCCACAAGGCAAAUUUUCACUUUUAAAGGGGCAAAUCUUUAAUUAAAGUAUAAAUAAAAAGGAA